AUGACAGCAACAAACAACAACAGCAACUAUAUCGUUUCUGAUGAAAAAGUUAUUGAUUCAUUAGUUGAGGAAUUAGUUAUGGCAGAAACUAAAACCCUCAACGAAAGAAUUGGUGAAAACAAGAUUGAUUUACAUAACUACCUCAAAUACGAUGGAGGAAGAGGAAGGAAAACUGGUAUGGCUUUAUUAGUAAAUAAAAUAUCAAAUUUAACGAUUAUAGAUGUUGAUAUCAAUAAAUCGUACAAUGAUGAACUUAAAGAAACAGUUAGAAAAGACAUUUUAUCAAAACUUUCGGAUAAAGAUGUUAUCGUUAAAACCGCUUCAGGAGGUCUUCACAUUUAUUGCAACACUAAUUUCUUCUAUGUAGUUUCGAACAGAAUGAUUAAAUGUUAUUCCUGCAAUGAUUAUGAUAUUGACAUAAUGACUUCUAUGAAUGAUUCAAAGCGUUCAUUAGUGGUUAUGGCUGAUUCAAGAGUUCGCAAGAAUGCAACAGAACCAAUCAAUACAUACUCAUUCAUUCGUGGAAGUUAUGAUUCAACAUUAACUAGAACAGUGAAUGAUAUAUUAAAUGAUUUGAAUAUUAAGGUAAGAGUUGAACAGAAGAAUGAAGAAAUAAAGACUAUCAUGAAUGAAAACAAAGAUGUAAACAUUGACGAUAAACUUGCCCAGAGCAUAGUUGAUGGCAUCUGUGAUUUUGAAGUACAUAAUGACGGUGGAAACAUGAAUUUAGAAAAAGAAGUUACAUUAUUCACACUGUUUCAAGCAAUUAAUUCGUUACCUAAUCAUUUAAUUAAUGAAGCAUACGACAACGUUUAUAACUUCUGCAGUUUAACAGAAAAUGCAAAAAGUAAUUUUGAAAAAGCACGUGAAAGAUAUGCACAUUUAAUGACUUCUCCAUUUGUUUUGGUGAAGAUUCUAAAACUAUAUCAAAAGGAAUAUUAUGAUGAAUAUGUUUUGCCUUUAUUACGUAAGCCAAAAAUAACAUUUGAUAUAAAACUUGAUGACUCGUUUUUGAUAACAGAUAUUAGACGCAAGGCUGAAAAUCAUCAGUAUAAAAACAGUUCUGAAGUAAUUGAGGAUUUAUCACGUGUAAUCCGUUUUGUAGAUUGUGGAAACAAAUACUUCAUUCAAAAAGAUUACAACAUCCACGACAAAAUGAAUCAAAUAUCAUUCAUUCUUCAAUCAAACAUGAAAGA